CUCUCCAGCUAUUGCUGCCAGGAGCAGUGUGUAGUACAAUUUGACAGCAGCAGCGCUGGCUUUCUAAAGAAAGCUUAUCUCUCACUUUUCUGUAUGUCUCAUUACUGCUCUCAUUGUCUCUUUCAACAACGAGAAACGGAGCAGUACACUUGGGGCCUGUAUUUGGAAUAAGAAAGCCUUGCUGUUUUCUGACUGGAGAGAAGGAAGAUAAGACUCCUCUGGAUUUCCUAAGGAAUUUUGUCUGGACGCUUUGUUACCGUGGCUAUUGAAUUCAUCAGCUGGGGUAUAUAAUGUGACCGACCGUUCCACACUAGGGAAAUUCUGGAGGAGUUCUGAUUCUUUUCUUUUUUCCGGUCUGAAGCAGCGUUCGUCAUCAAGGGUUCCAAACAGGUGGAGGUAUUGGGGGCGUUGGUCAGACUGGUGGUGUUGGCAAGGAGCAAGCUUGGUCAUCAGGCAGAAUGUUGGCACCUGUAUGAGUGGAACAGAGGAGCCUCAGUUCUGGUUCUCUUUCCUGAGACGACAACCACAGGAUGGAGGCUUAAUAGGAGGUCUCAGGAGAGAGAAUGUUCCAUGACUUUCACACCUUCAACCUCAAGCUCUUGAAUCAUUGGGGGAGUUGCUUGGGUGCUGAAAGGCUGUGAAUAUCCUGCAUCUGAGAAAUCAGACCAGACUGACUCACAGAUCUCUGUGAGCCAGCACCACUGAGGCUGCCAAAGCAUGCUGGUGCCAAGCUGUCCCAUGAUGCACGUAGCCAGACCCGCGCUGCUCGUCCUGAGUCUACUCCUCCUCCUCGCCGACGCUGAAACACCGCCAAAGUUUUUAAGAACCCCCAAUGACCAAACGGGCGUGCAAGGAGGCGUGGCGUCCUUCAUCUGCCAAGCAACGGGAGACCCGCGCCCUAAGAUCGUUUGGAACAAGAAGGGGAAGAAAGUCAGCAACCAGAGAUUUGAGGUAGUGAUUGAGUUCGAUGACGGCUCUGGCUCUGUGUUGAGAAUUCAGCCCUUGCGCACGCCCCGAGACGAGGCCAUUUACGAGUGUGUCGCCUCCAACACAGUUGGAGAGCUAAGUGCAACAACGAGGCUCACUGUUUUACGUGAGGACCAACUCCCCCCUGGUUUUCCUACCAUUGACAUGGGCCCCCAGCUGAAAGUGGUAGAGCGAACACGCACGGCCACCAUGCUUUGCGCUGCCAGCGGCAACCCAGACCCAGACAUCUCCUGGUUCAAAGACUUCCUGCCAGUCAACACAACCAACAACAAUGGACGCAUCAAACAGCUCAGAUCAGAAUCCUUUGGUGGUACACCAAUAAGAGGAGCCCUCCAGAUUGAGCAGAGUGAAGAGUCUGACCAGGGGAAGUACGAGUGUGUCGCCACCAACAACGAUGGAACACGAUACUCUGCUCCCGCCAACUUAUAUGUCAGAGAGCUGCGAGAAGUGCGCCGCGUGCCCCCGCGGUUCUCCAUCCCGCCAACGGACAACGAGAUCAUGCCAGGCGGCAGUGUCAACAUCACCUGCGUGGCUGUGGGCUCCCCCAUGCCCUAUGUCAAAUGGAUGCUAGGCGCCGAAGACCUGACGCCCGAGGAUGACAUGCCCAUUGGGCGAAACGUCUUGGAGCUCACUGACGUCCGCCAGUCCAACAACUACACCUGCGUGGCCUUGUCCACCCUGGGGGUCAUCGAGGCCGUGGCCCAGAUAACGGUGAAAGCCUUGCCCAAGCCUCCCGGUGUGCCUGUGGUGACGGAGCGCACGGCCACAAGCAUUACCCUGACGUGGGAUUCUGGCAACCCCGAGCCUGUCUCCUAUUACAUCAUCCAGCACAAGUCCAAGUUCUCGGAGGACACGUACAAGGAGAUUGACGGCGUGGCCACCACGCGCUACAGCGUGGGCGGCCUCAGUCCCUACUCGGACUACGAAUUCCGGGUGGUGGCGGUGAACAACAUCGGGCGCGGGCCGCCCAGCGAAGGCAUCGAGGCCAAGACGGCCGAGCAGGCGCCGAGCACGGCGCCCAGGCAGGUCAGGGGUCGUAUGCUCAGCGCCACAACUGCCAUCAUCCACUGGGAUGAACCAGAGGAAGCCAAUGGUCAGAUUAUGGGCUACCGUGUCUACUACACCAUGGACUCUACCCAGCACGUCAACACCUGGGAGAAGCAAAUAGUGCGUGGGUCCAACUUCCUCACCAUUCAGGGACUCAUCCCCAACAAGACAUACUACAUUAAGGUCCUGGCCUACACGUCUGUGGGUGAUGGACCUCUUUCUGCAGAUCUCCAGAUCAUUGCGAAAACGGGAGUCCCCUCUCAACCGACUGACUUCAAAGGGGAAGCCAAAUCCGAAACAAGCAUACUUCUGUCAUGGAUCGCUCCUGCACAGACCGGACAAGAUAAUCAAAUCAUGGGAUAUGAACUUUUGUACCAGAAGGGGGAUGACAAGGAGGAGAAACGGAUCAGCUUUGAGCCGACCACCACCUACCUGCUGAAGGACCUGAAACCUUUCACUACCUACACGUUCCAGCUAGCCGCGCGCAGUAAGCAUGGCAUCGGGGCCUACACCAACGAGAUCUCAGCUGAAACCCCCCAAACACUGCCUUCUGGCCCGCCUCAAGAUGUAAAGUGCUCUAGCCCAAGCUCCACCAAUAUCCUGGUAAGUUGGCGGCCUCCCCCUUUGGAGUUACAGAAUGGGAUCAUAACUAAGUACGCCAUCCAGUACACCGCCACUGAAGGGGAGGACACCACCACUCGACAAAUAUCCAACAUCCCUCCAGAAAGCUCCCAGUACCUCUUGGAACAUUUGGAAAAAUGGACUGCCUAUCGUGUGACUGUGACUGCUCACACGGAUGUGGGUGAAGGACCUGAAAGCUUACCACAACUGGUCCGCACCGAGGAGGAUGUUCCCAGUGGCCCGCCUCGUAAAGUCGAGGUGGAGACUGUCAACUCAACAUCAAUAAAAGUCAUCUGGCGCUCACCGAUACCCACCAAGCAGCACGGGCAGAUCCGAGGCUACCAGGUGCAUUAUGUCAGGAUGGUUAAUGGGGAGCCCGUGGGACAGGCGGUCAUCAAGGACAUUUUAAUCGACGAUGCGCAGUGGGAAUAUGACGAUUCAGCUGAACAUGAAAUGGUCAUUACAGAGCUGCAGGCUGAGACCACGUACUCUGUUGCUGUGGCAGCCUACACAACAAAGGGAGACGGAGCUCGCAGCAAGCCCAAGCUGAUCACCACCACUGGCGCAGUGCCUGAAAAACCCAGACUCAUGGUCAGCCCUACCAACAUGGGCACUGCCCUCCUACAGUGGCACCCCCCAGCAUUAACCCACGGUGCCCUGCAAGGGUACCGCCUCCGCUUCGGCCGCAAAGAUGUCGACCCCCUGACCAUCAUCGAAUUCCCAGAGCGAGAAAACCACUACACCACCAAAGAAAUCCACAAGGGGGCAUCAUACACCUUCCGCCUCUCCGCCCGCAACAAGGUGGGCUUCGGCGAGGAGACGGUCAAAGAGAUCAGCACCCCGGAAGAUGUGCCUAGCGGGUUCCCGCAAAACAUUGCCGCCGAGGGCGGCACCACCACCACCAUUCAGGUGAGCUGGAGACCCGUGUUACUGGCGGAGCGCAACGGAGUCAUUGUGAAGUACGCCCUGCAGUACAAGGACAUCAACAGCCCUCGGAGCCCCUCGGAACUCUUCAUCACUGCCCCGGAGUCCACUGUAACUCUUGACGGCCUCAAGUCGGACACCACUUACGAUAUCAAAAUGUGUGCCUUCACCAGCAAGGGCUCUGGCCCCUAUAGCCCCAGUGUCCAGUUCAGGACACAGCCCUUGGAUCAAGCAGUGUUUGCAAAAAACUUUCAUGUGAAAGCCGCCAUGAAGACAUCCGUGCUUCUCACUUGGGAGAUCCCAGACAACUAUAACCCAGCUCAGCCAUUCACAAUUCUCUAUGACAAUGGCCAGAGCGUAGAGGUGGACGGCAAGCUCACCCAGAAGCUUAUCACGGGUCUGCAGGCCGAGACGCAGUACUCCUUCCUGCUAACCAACCGGGGAAACAGUGCCGGUGGUCUCCAGCACCGUGUCUCCACCAUGACUGCCCCGGACAUUCUGCGCACCAAGCCGUACCUGAUCGGCAAGACCAACCUGGAUGGCAUGGCCAUUGUGGAGCUGCCCUCAGUUCAGACUUCAGAGAAAGUCAGAGGAUACUACAUAGUGGUUGUGCCUCUGAAGAAACAGCGAACAGGAAAGUUUGUUAAACCAUGGGACAGCCCAGAUGAGAUGAACCUUGAAGAGCUUCUAAAAGAGAUUAACCGAACAAGCCGAGGCCUUCGCUUCCGGAGGCAAGCUGAGCCCAAAGCCUACAUCGCUGCCUACUUCAAAGACCUUCCCACUGAGUUCACUCUGGGAGACACCAAGAUGUAUGGUGACUUUGAAAACAAGCAGCUUGCAAACGGCCAAGAGUACAUAUUCUUUGUGCUUGCUGUCCUCGAGAUCUCUGAAAAUACCAUGUACGCCACCAGCCCCUACUCUGACCCUGUUGUGUCAGCUGACCUUAACCCCCUGCCAGUCAUUGACGAGGAGGAGGGACUUAUCUGGGUGGUGGGCCCAGUGCUCGCCGUCGUCUUCAUCAUCUGCAUUGUCAUAGCCAUCCUUCUGUACAAGAGCAGCAAACCAGAUAGUUUGACAUCACAGCCAAAUGUACACACUGGUCCGGAAAGCACUAUACCAUACCGGAAAAGGGCAGAGUCCGAAGCUAGAAAAGGAAGUCUGCCUAACAGUAAAGAGAUGCCUUCUCAUCACCCCACCGACCCGGUUGAGUUACGACGCAUGAAUUUCCAGACACCUGGCUCAGGUGACCGUGGUUACCCCAGUAAUCUCCAUUCGUCAAGCAUGGCCAGCCACCCGCCAAUCCCCGUCCUUGACCUGGCUGAUCACCUGGAGCGAUUAAAAGCCAACGACAACCUGAAGUUUUCCCAGGAAUACGAGUCCAUCGAUCCUGGGCAGCAGUUCACUUGGGAACACUCCAACCUGGAAGUCAACAAACCAAAGAACAGAUAUGCUAACGUUAUAGCAUACGACCACUCCAGAGUGCUACUAUCGGCUAUUGAUGGUAUACCUGGAAGUGAUUACAUCAACUCCAACUACAUUGACGGCUACAGGAAGCAGAAUGCGUACAUCGCCACGCAGGGCGCGCUGCCUGAGACGUUUGGCGACUUCUGGAGGAUGAUCUGGGAACAGCGGAGUGCCAACAUUGUCAUGAUGACCAAGCUGGAGGAGAGAUCCAGGGUAAAAUGUGACCAGUACUGGCCCACUAGAGGAACAGAGACCUACGGUUUAAUCCAGGUGACGCUGUUGGACACAGUAGAGCUGGCCACAUACUGUGUCAGGACAUUUGCACUUUAUAAAAACGGUUCCAGUGAAAAGAGAGAGGUGAGGCAGUUCCAGUUCACGGCCUGGCCGGACCACGGGGUGCCCGAGCACCCCACUCCGUUCCUGGCCUUCCUCAGAAGAGUGAAAGCCUGCAAUCCCCCAGACGCUGGGCCGAUGGUGGUGCACUGCAGCGCCGGCGUGGGCCGCACAGGCUGCUUCAUCGUGAUCGACGCCAUGCUGGAGCGCAUCAAGCACGAGAAGACGGUGGACAUCUACGGCCACGUGACACUGAUGCGCGCCCAGCGAAACUACAUGGUGCAGACGGAGGACCAGUACGUGUUCAUCCACGACGCGCUCCAGGAGGCCGUCACGUGUGGCACCACCGAAGUGCCCGCCCGAAACCUCUACGCCUACAUCCAGAAGCUGACCGCAGUCGAGGGCGGAGAGAAUGUCACGGGCAUGGAGCUGGAGUUCAAGCGCUUAGCCAACACUAAAGCCCAUACGUCGCGAUUCAUCAGUGCCAAUCUCCCCUGCAACAAGUUCAAGAACCGCCUUGUGAACAUAAUGCCAUACGAGUCCACGCGAGUGUGUCUUCAGCCCAUUCGAGGGGUGGAGGGCUCCGACUACAUCAACGCCAGUUUCAUUGAUGGUUACAGGCAACAGAAAGCAUAUAUUGCCACACAAGGGCCACUAGCAGAGACUACAGAGGACUUCUGGAGGAUGCUCUGGGAGCACAACUCCACCAUCGUGGUCAUGCUGACCAAACUCCGAGAAAUGGGCAGGGAAAAAUGCCACCAGUACUGGCCAGCAGAGAGGUCGGCCAGGUACCAGUACUUUGUGGUGGACCCCAUGGCUGAAUACAACAUGCCUCAGUACAUCCUGAGAGAGUUCAAAGUGACUGAUGCCAGGGACGGACAGUCGCGGACAGUAAGGCAGUUUCAGUUUACAGACUGGCCCGAGCAAGGAGUGCCAAAAUCGGGAGAGGGCUUCAUCGAUUUCAUCGGUCAAGUGCAUAAAACAAAAGAACAGUUUGGCCAAGAUGGGCCUAUUUCUGUCCACUGUAGUGCGGGCGUGGGUAGGACUGGAGUCUUCAUCACCCUCAGCAUCGUACUAGAGAGGAUGAGGUACGAGGGUGUGGUGGAUAUCUUCCAAACGGUGAAAAUGCUCCGGACACAGAGACCGGCCAUGGUGCAAACAGAGGAUCAAUAUCAAUUCUGUUACAGAGCUGGCUUGGAAUACCUUGGAAGCUUUGACCACUAUGCAACGUAAGAGUCCCUGUCCUGGAGGAAAAGCAGAAGGCCCUUGGACAAUCCCAGCGAGCCUCUCUUCUGAGCCAUAAUUUCCUGCUUGUGAAAGUACUUCUUAACUCCUAGAUAAAGACUCAAUUAAGUGUUGGAUGUGAGACAGAAACAUGUCAAAAAAAUAAUAAAGAUGAUUCCUGGAGGACCAAGUGUUUCACAAAUCCCAUGGAACUCACCCAUGACACGGGAAAAGUGAGAGGGAAUUCUGACUGUUGAAGCAUCUUAUGGAAAAGUGAGAGGGAAUUCUGACUGUUGAAGCAUCUUAUGGAAUUAUUUUAUUUUCUGUUGCUUCAAGGAUUCUUCUUGGGUAAAAAAAAAAAAAAAAAA